CGGAUUGAUUUUUUUUUUUGGAGAUUUUUUCUUUUUUCAUUUUUUUCUUCGUCCAUGAUUGCUUAUUUAUUAUGCGCCGACAGCCUCGCCCUCCCGUCUCUCUGGGCCGCAGAGCUAUAAGUUCCAGGCGCAAUCGCAACCGCACUCAACAUCACAGUGUUCAUCGCAACCAGAUCCAAACUCGCACACGCAGCAGCAGUUCCAGGUCGGUUGCGGCCCAGCAACGCUCCUCGGCUUCACCUUCAGCCCGCUUCUACUCUGCCUUGUCUUCUCUCAUAGAGUCCGCUGCCAAGGAAAGCAGAGACACCGUCAUUAUGGCCUCACAAAGCUUCGCCGUGCCGUGGCACCGCAUCAAGCUCUGGGUCGAGGCCCAAGAGAAGGCAGAACAGCAAGGCCAAACCCCCAGUAUGACAAAGAUACAGCUCGCUGCGCUUUCCCAGCUUGUGAAUUUCGUGGAGGUUGAGCCGGACAUUGGCGGCCUGGACUACGUGAGCCUUCUCAUUCAGCACAUCCAGUAUCAAAACAAGAAGAGCAAUACUAAUGCUUUGGCCCUUCCCACAUAUCAAGACGUGGGGUUAGAAAUUCCCAUCAAUGGCAAUUUCAAUAUGCGGUGGAGGACAACAUGUUCCCUGUCCUCUGUUAGCCACAUGGUUUUCCCUUGUGAGGGUCAUGGCAUUUCCCGGGGCCAACAGCCACCGUUGUUUGCGACGAAAAAGGCGUCUAAACAAUAUGCUGCAAAGCACGCAUUGGCAUAUCUUAAGGCUGAAAAAUCACCACCGGCAGAUACAACAACACCCGUACCAGUACCAGCACCAGCACCUACUACUGCACCUGCACCUACUACUGCACCUGCACCGCCUCCUAACCCAAUCUCCGGUGGCGUUUCUCUCAAACCAGCCACCCCUCCUGUGUUGACAAGCCCAAAGGCGAGUGACAACAGCGUCAACACCGGCUCCUCUUCAUUGGCCAUGCCUCCAGGAGACGCCGGCGGUGCGACUCUAGUAUCACCACCACCAGCAAGCGGCGGGGUGACGGCCACGGACGAACCUUUGGCUGAACCAGCCGGAUCGAUCACGCCCGACGCAGAGUUGUACAAUGGCGAGGGUCCUUCCAUCCUGAAGCAAGUUGCUGAUGAGGCAAAACGCCUCAACUUUGGCUGUCCCACGUACAAGGUUGUACCUGACCUAGAAAAACCAGGAUGUUGGGUUGGGACAGUCACCUUCCAGAAUGGUGGUCGUGUACCGGAUAAUAUAGCUGAUAUCACGGGAGCGAGUUCAAAGGGUGCAGCCAAGAUGCUUAUGGCCGAGAAGUUGUACAAGUAUUUCAAGACGGAGUUGGAUCGUAGGCAUGAGGUCAUCAAUUCCUUCGACCCAGAGCCCACAGAACGCACAGAGCCCUAGAAGGAGUUGAUACGGUAGUCGCGAUGCUGGCGCUGCUGUCAUGCUCACUACGAAGGUUGGCUGGGAAUUGGUGUUGGGUUGGCAUGACACGUUUUCUUAUAGCACUCAUUAUUAGGCACUCAUUAUCAGGAUACCGUCGAUGAUAUUUUUUAUCCUUUACUUAUUUUUUUUAUC